AGCCGGCAGAGGAGGGAGGGUCCUGCGACCGGAAGCCGGAAGCGGGUUUGUGAAUACGUGUUCCGAGGAAGCCAGAGCGGACCCGGCGGGGCCGGCAACAUGGAGCCGUUGUACCAGCAAACACACAAGCAGGUCCACGAGAUCCAGUCUCACAUGGGACGCCUGGAGACGGCAGACAAGCAGUCUCUGCACUUAGUAGAAAACGAAAUCCAAGCAAGCUUAGACCAGAUAUUCAUCCAUCUAGAGCGCCUGGAGAUUUUGUCCAGCAAGGAGCCCCCUAACAAAAGACAAAAUGCCAAACUUCGUGUCGACCAGUUAAAGUAUGAUGUCCAGCACCUGCAGACUGCUCUCAGAAACUUCCAGCAUCGGCGAUAUACAAGGGAACAGCAGGAGAGACAGCGAGAGGAGCUUCUGUCUCGCACCUUCACCACUAACGACUCUGACACCACCAUACCAAUGGAUGAAUCACUGCAGUUUAACUCCUCCCUCCAGAAAGUUCACCAUGGCAUGGAUGACCUCAUUGGAGGCGGACACAGUAUUCUGGACGGACUGAGGGCCCAGAGACUGACCUUGAAGGGGACUCAGAAGAAGAUCCUUGACAUUGCCAACAUGCUGGGCUUGUCCAACACAGUGAUGCGCCUCAUUGAGAAGCGGGCUUUCCAGGACAAGUACUUUAUGAUCGGGGGGAUGCUGCUCACCUGUGUGGUCAUGUUCCUUGUGGUGCAGUAUCUGACAUGAGCCAGCCAAGCCCGGCGGCUGAACAGCGUUCCCACCGCGUGAGAGUGUGAGUGAGUGAGUGAGUGUGCGCGAAAGAGAGAGGGGGACCUGAACGCCGCCCUUUGAAAUGUAUGCUCGUCUUAACUGUGAAGACCACUCAGAAGUAAUUGUGAUCUGCAACCUGGUGGGAGUUUCAGACCUGCUCUGUUUCUUGUGACAACUUGGAGGGGAAACUCGUGCUACCAAGAUGUGCGGCGCUUAGGAAAUGAACCAAGUACCUGUUCUCUCUCUCUCUCUCUCACUCACUUGGGGAGGAGCUGAUGUGAGGGAAAGGGGAGGAAAAGAGUGGUUUUGGUGGUUUUGCCUGCGUAGCUGAUACGUGCCGGGAAGGCUUUCACAGUGAGCUCGCGGACAGGGCUGCCCACCUUUGUAUGCUCCGGCCUUUCUGGCUCCUAAUAGGUAGGCCGGAGCACAAGCAGGGAGGAGGGGCAAGGGGCCUUCUUUUCCUGCACCCAUUCUAGUAGGUGGAGUCACAUGCUCUUGCUACUAGCUCCACCCCACUCCCCGACACCCGCCCCAAAACGACAUGCAGAUAAGUGACUGCUAAUACUUGUCGUCCUUCCCCCGGAAGCAGCUACCUAGAGGAAACAGAGGCAUUGGCGCUGUUGCUGACACGAGUAAGAUUUUCCACAUUAUAGUUGUUGGGUGUUUCUCCUUUCUAAAGUGAGGCCACUGUUACUCCCUGGGAGUGGUCAGUCUUGAAACUGAAGACCCUAGUCACCGAUUUUUUUUUUCAGUAGUUAGUAGAAUGGUUGCCUUUUAAAGUUCCAAGACUGCAGCCCAGUGCCCAUGCCCAGGCUUUGCUGGGCCUUAGCCCUUUAGAAAGCAGCUGUGGGCUAAGGUUACUGAUUUGUCUAUUAUAGUCGCUAGGUUUGGCAUCUCUAAUUCAUAAUUGAUUCUCUUCCCUUCUUAGAAAUACAUUAGCAACUGCUAGCCGAGCCUCCAUUCUGCCUAGCCAGAGUGGGCAGAUGCCACCCUAGAGAUGUCCCUGGUAUGUUUGUCCUUGUAAGACUCCUGUUUUCAGGGACCAGGGCCUUUUUCCUUUUCUGACCAACCCUGAAUUAAGGCUGUACCACUACCCAGGGAAUUCUGGAAUUUAUUUUAAAGCCAUUCUGUUUAAUGAGACUAAUCUCUGAAAGUACCAGAAAGAACUGGUUAGCGUAUGUGUUCAUCUGUCACAGGCCCUACCAGCUCUAGUCUCCGUAGUCUCAUGGCAAGACAUAAAUAACGCUCAGAAUUUCCCAGAAGAACUGAAACCUGGUCAGUGUUAACCCCACCUUUGGUUUUCUUGCCCUGUGUACUUCCUAUCUUUGUUUCUUGUCAUUUGGACUGUCUUCCGUCAUCUUCCCCUUUUCUGUAGGUGUUCUCUUCCUCCUCCCUUACUUACCUCCCACCUGUUUCUGAAGCAGUGUUGGUCUUUUCAGGCACAUCUGUCGCAUAGAUCCCUUUUGGGGAAAUGUUUCUUACUUGUCACAGAUUUUUAACAUAUGUUUCCUGGGUACUGAUCUCACACUUUUGGUGGGAUCUCCAUUGCUCCAAACCCUCUGGGCCAAACAGGGGCCCUGGGUUUUCAAGGAAAGGGGAAUCUAUGACCCCUUCAUAAAAGGAUUGAGGGCCCUGCCAGAGUGAAAACUGGCCUAGUUAGUGGACAGAGGGAGGGGUUGAGGCUUUGACUUUGGGGAGGCCCAGUUUGAAAUUGCUCUCACCACCCCUGCCAUCCCAGGGACCCAGCACAGUUCUCUUGGCAAUCCAUAAACUGAGUUUUUAAACUGCAUGGUCUUGGCUCUGAGCCCGGGCAUCUGCAAUCCAGCCAGACCACGCACUUGGAAGAUGAUGUACAAGGAGCAGCUAAGCCAUUUGGACUUGAACUCUGGGGAGGCAGAAGCUCCUCCGUCCCUCUGCCCUCUAUUGGGUGAUGUGACAUCUAUUUGUAAUGUACAUCAGUGUAUUUCCACACCUGCCUUUGUAGUGAUUGCUGAUCUUGAUGAACCAGAAGUAAGGCUUCCCUUCCUGCUGUACCUUCAGAGCCAUUCUCCCUACUUUGUAAUAAAAAUUGAGGAGGCAGUUUUGCAGAUGUUUAUCACCCGGGACUAAGGAACAGCAGCCACAGUAUGUCUGGAGACGCUGGAACACUGAGAGCUCGUUUCAUCAUGUGAUUGCCUUCGCUCACACGUCGGCUUUCACGGCCCCAGGAGAAGCACACUUUGGCCUGUCGCCGCUGUCCUCAGAGUAUAGGGAAAGGGCCAAGACCAGGGCAGGAGCACCAUCUAGUGGAGUCGGGGUGGUACGGGAACUUCUGGGAGCAGCCUCUGCGGCCUUGUACAGGAAUUCGGUGUGCCUGUUGUGGUUUAAGGCAGGUGGGUUGUCAAGGAACUUGGGAAUAUCUCCAUUCCGUGGACCUUUACUCCAGGUGUGACCACCGUAAGCCAAACUCAGACCAAGUACGUUGGAGAGUCUUGAUUUUAUAGACGGCUUCACUGCCGGGUUUUUUCCUUAGUUCUUUGCCCUAACGAAUUUAAAUAGGUUUGACUCACAAAUUUGGCUUCACACUCACUGUGUUUGAAACACAUCCAUUG